CGGCGCGGCCGGGGCCGGGGCCGCUGCGGGCCAUGGCGGGGGGCGGCGGGGGGGCGGCCGGCCGCGCCCGGCUGCUGGCCGUGCUGCUGGCCGGGCUGCUCGGCGGGGCGCGGGGCUUCGGCGACGAGGAGGAGCGGCGCUGCGACGCCAUCCGUAUCGCCAUGUGCCAGAACCUGGGCUACAAUGUCACCAAGAUGCCCAACCUGGUGGGGCACGAGCUGCAGGCGGACGCGGAGCUGCAGCUCACCACCUUCACGCCCCUCAUCCAGUACGGCUGCUCCAGCCAGCUCCAGUUCUUCCUGUGUUCAGUUUAUGUGCCAAUGUGCACAGAGAAGAUUAACAUCCCCAUAGGUCCUUGUGGAGGCAUGUGCCUCUCUGUCAAAAGAAGAUGUGAACCUGUUUUAAAAGAAUUUGGGUUUUUCUGGCCAGACAGCCUAAACUGCAGCAAAUUCCCGCCCCAGAAUGAUCACAACCACAUGUGCAUGGAGGGCCCAGGAGACGAAGAGGUUCCCCUUCACAGCAAGACCUCCUUGCAGCCUGGAGAAGAAUGCCACGGCAUGGGAUCUAACUCAGAUCAGUACAUUUGGGUGAAGAGAAGCUUGAGCUGCGUCCUGAAGUGUGGCUACGAUGCUGGUCUGUACAGCAGGUCAGCUAAGGAAUUCACAGAUAUCUGGAUGGCCAUAUGGGCCAGUCUUUGCUUCAUCUCAACUGCUUUCACAGUCCUGACCUUCCUGAUUGAUUCAUCCAGAUUUUCCUACCCAGAGCGGCCAAUCAUAUUUUUGAGCAUGUGCUACAAUAUUUAUAGCAUUGCUUAUAUUGUGAGGCUAACUGUGGGCCGGGAAAGGAUAUCCUGUGAUUUUGAAGAGGCAGCAGAACCUGUUCUUAUCCAAGAAGGUCUUAAGAACACAGGAUGUGCGAUAAUUUUCUUGCUGAUGUACUUUUUCGGGAUGGCUAGCUCCAUCUGGUGGGUUAUUCUGACACUGACGUGGUUUCUGGCUGCGGGACUCAAGUGGGGCCACGAAGCGAUCGAAAUGCACAGCUCCUAUUUCCACAUCGCAGCCUGGGCCAUCCCGGCAGUGAAGACCAUUGUCAUUUUGAUUAUGAGACUUGUAGAUGCAGACGAGCUCACCGGCCUCUGCUAUGUUGGGAACCAGAACCUGGAUGCGCUGACAGGCUUUGUUGUGGCUCCGCUUUUUACCUACCUAGUCAUUGGGACCUUAUUCAUUGCAGCAGGACUCGUGGCCUUAUUUAAAAUCAGGUCUAAUCUCCAGAAAGAUGGAACUAAAACUGACAAACUGGAAAGACUGAUGGUCAAAAUAGGGGUCUUUUCAGUGUUGUACACCGUCCCAGCAACAUGUGUCAUUGCCUGUUAUUUCUACGAAAUCUCCAACUGGGCCAUUUUCCGCUAUUCAGCAGAUGAUUCCAAUAUGGCAGUGGAGAUGCUCAAAAUUUUCAUGUCCCUUCUGGUGGGUAUUACAUCAGGUAUGUGGAUCUGGUCAGCCAAAACUCUGCACACAUGGCAGAAGUGCUCCAACAGACUGGUGAACUCAGGGAAAGUGAAACGGGAGAAGAGAGCAGACGGUUGGGUGAAACCCGGGAAAGGUAACGAGACUGUGGUAUGAGAAAAGGACAGCAUCCCACUGGUCUGACUGCUCUCCUGUGAAGGACUGAUCAUGUGCAAGCAUUGCUCUGUAAAUGUUGGGAAUAGAGUAGGGGGAUGGUUACACAACUUGUCUCUGGGGAUGGGAAAGAAAAAAAAAAGCCUUAAAGAAUAAACAGCAAAAGGAUCAUGCUGCAGAUACAAUAGCCAUAAACCAUGCUGCCCAAAAUAGGAGAGCCCAGGGAGGCUUUAAAAGCUGUGAAAUAGCCAAACAUGUUAUCUUCCUUUUUUAAAUCUUGAACUCUUUAGAAAUGGAGUUGCUGUAGCCCAUGGCUGUGAGAUGAUGUUUUCCUUUCAUCGCCUUACAGCUGAUGGAGGAAAGGCAGGCCAGGGCCAAAUUCUGGGCUUAAUUAGGGUCCAGUUACCAAGUUACCAGAAGGUGGAGCAGGACCUCAGUCAGAUGUCUUCUUUGUGAGUUCAGCAUUGAGAAGGAAGUGCUUGAUGAGGAUUUUGUCUUUAUGCCCUGGGGAGUUCUAGUGUUCCAAUACACUGUACAAUUCAGUCAGGGAUCAUGUCCUGAAACAAAUAGUAAAUGGACUUUCCAGGUCUUGCCCGUGAUGAGUAGGACUUAGUGAGGUAUUAGUGAGGAUGACUUUCCAGUCAUUUAAUGGCCUAAUAAUAAUUUUGACUCAUUCUUUUUGCCAUUUAUAGCCUGGUCUGAAUGGAGAGUUGAUUCUGCCUUGUGGGAAUUUGAACCUCCCUGUGUUUCUUCCCACCUCACUUAUUCUGUGGUUCUAUCAAUAUUUAUAAAAUCUAAAAGCUUUGCUCAAGGCCAUCCUCAGAAGCAGAGGAAUCAGCUCAAAUUGGGAAACUGUGUAUGGUCUUCUGCAUCUAUUAUCAUUAUCCAUCUCCUUCAUUCCUGCCCCUUCAGGUGCUCCUGCUGUUUCUAGCAGACCACUUUAUUCUGCUGCAUCUAUUAGCUUUAAAAAAAGUCUUAACUCUGUAGUGCUCUUUCCUCCAGGAAAGAGAAAAAUUAGUUGAAGGUACCUUCAAACAACACCAUGUUUCUCCAAGCAAACUUACUUGACUCUGGAGACUCAUUGCAUGAAGCAAUUAAGUCUUAAUGUAUUUCAUUCAGUGUGAUGGUAUCUCCUCUGUAGACGCCAGUCUGGGGAGAACCAAAAUGUUAAGUUCCUUGGCAACCUCGUGUUCACACAGAUCAGUUGUAUAAUUAUGUGUGUCAGUUGCAAUUAAAAGAACAUUCUCAGCCCAUGACAUUGCAGUACAGCUGACUGCCUCACAACGAUGCUUCAAUUGCUUACUGACAGCUAUGGAGACGGUUUUUUAAUGUAUAUUUACACACAAAAUUUGAGCAGGCAUUCAGUCCUCAGGAGCAGCAAAGACCUUUCCAGUUUUUGUAAGAGGACCCAAGAAAUCCAACUUUUUGGUGAAUAAUGUUUGAAAAAAAAAUUGCAUUUCUUAUUCUUUUAUUUAAGGAGGCACCAGCUUGUGAUUGUGGGAAGCUGAAUGUAGUGUCAGGGGCUUGUAAGAAAGGUGAUGCAAAUACAAAUAUCCUGGAAGCACUUAAGAGAACACUGUUAUGAUGCUCUAUUCCUUUGAAACACGUUUGGUUUUAUCUAUGUGCCCCAAGCUUUUGCAUCCUUUGUUUGUAUGGAACCUGAUCAGCUGUAAAGCGUCUCCCUGGUGCCCCAGCUCCCAUGAUCUUCCAGAGCAGCUGAGAACAGAUGCUGCUUUAUUAAAGUACUUGUUUUCCACACAGGUGCCCAUGUGCUUCCCAAACCACAGUUCACUCCAGCUCUGGAAGUGAGCACUAAUCCAUCCCAGAAGCAUGUAUUGUUUCAAUGUCAGUGUCGAAACAUGUGCUAGAGAACUUUUUUUUCUUUUACAAACAAAAUCCAGACCCCAAACAAACCCUAAUGGCAGUCUUUGCGGUUGGGCUCCCUCUCCAGCAGAACAAGUGACAACUUGACACAUUCUGUUCAAGACACACAAGCACUGUCUUGGCCAACACCACAUUCCAGCUGGGCCUUUUCACCCUCUCCAUAAAGUCUCUUGCUGUUAGUGUUGUGUUUGGAUCUGGUUAUUCCUUUGUGGAUGGGGAGUUUUGCAAGUGUGAGAUCUUCACAUGGCUGAGCUUCUCCAUCAUGCAGUCUUUCUGCUGGUGCAGUGAGGAAUGUGAAGUCAGCAGCUGUCUGUUGGCUUUCAAGGAGCAAAGAAGCAGUAUGACCCUUUUUUGUAACAUAGUAUUUGGCCGUGCCAAGGUGUCAUGUUCACUCAAGGUGUACUUCACUCUGAAAGGCUUUGGAUACUCUCCUAGCCAAUAAGACCCAUGUUUGAGCAGACUGAUUCAAUAAAUGGCAUUUUUAACCUUGUUAUGUACACAGAAGUGAAUGUUAAAUAGUGCCUUUUUAUGAAAUCCUUGCAUCUCUGCCUGUAACCCUGUGAACUGUUGACAUAGGGAUGUCCCUGGUGAUGUGAGACACAGUGAGCUGCAUGAGGAUGACACUGUGUAGCCCUAGGAGGGACCUAGAGGGAUAUGCCAUUAAAGCAUGUGAGAGAUUCAAAAGCUGUGGGAAAGAGGUGGGCUGGGGGGAGGCACCAGCUGCUGUUUCUUAAGACAUGUCUUUCCCCAGCAGUUGGGGGAAUGCUGUACUGCCCCAAAGUGAAAUUAGUGUUGCAUCAAUUAAACCAUUCCAUUGAUAUAUUCACCCCCAUGCAUUUACCUGGCUCCAUGUCAGGGCUGUGCAAGUGGCAAGACCCAGCAGACAGCCUAAAAACUGGCGCUUGCGAAGAGCAGGUAUCAGCAACUCCGAAGUUCUCUCAUUUCAACAUUGUUACGAGCUUAAAGCCAUAAGCGGUGUGACUAAUCCUGUCUCGGAAAUGCAGUUGCUGUGGUUAUCCAAGCAAAAACGUUGCAGGCGUUUCCUUCGAUUGCGCAGUCCCUGCUCCCAUCUCCCCCCUCUGUGUGUGCUCUUGGCACUGCAGGUUUCACAAGCAUCUGCCAGAGAGGUACAAGCUUAACUCUUACAUUAAACAGACAAGUUAGCUCCUUUCUCUGAGUUUUAAGGAAAUAGACACUGAUUAUUUUGGGGUGUACAGAAAAUAUAUCUACUUCAAUGUAUGUACUGUAAAUUUCUAAUUUAUCACUGUAAAAAAACCAAAACAACUUUGCUAUUUAAUUUUUAUAUCAAAAUAAAACUUUAACCUCUAUGGAUAACUAAAGAAUUCCUGGCAGCCUUCACAUUUUUGGUGAGUUUGUUUCUUAAAUAGGCUUCAGCAUUGUUGGAAGUGCUUUUUUGUCCUGAAGGAAGAAGGACUGAAAUGUUCAUGCUGUAGUGAGAGGAUGCUUUGAAUGGGUUAAUCCAGCGUGGUUUGGAUCUAAUAAUUGAGAACAAGACAUCCUUGGGCAACAGUGAAAGUAUUUUCAUGUUUCUGCUCAUUGGGUGGACAGAAACCCUUUCAAAGACAGCACGCAGGUCCUGAGUGCUGGCUGGGGCUGCAGCUGGAGCUUUGCUGUUGUGGGAGCAUGUCCUCAAAGCCCAACUGGAAGGCAAGGCAGAAACAUGGCCCGCUGCUGCUCUAGCACUUCUGUGAUGUGACUCCAGAGAACAGCAGCACCUCCUGUAAGGCUCCUUUUCUUCCAAGUCUUAUUGAACACGUACAUCCAAAGCGUGAGUGCUCAGAUCCAGAGCAUAUGGUGGAGGAGGACAGCAUCACCACCGGUCUGUUCAGUGUAUGGGAACUAUUAGUGCCUUUUGGAAGGGGAAAAUCCUAAUCUUAGUACCUGCUUGAAAUGAGUUCAUUCCUAUGGGUGAUUUCAGUGAUUUCAACCCUUCAGAGGACAGAUUCAUUUGAAUGUCUACAUGGCUUUCUAAAGACUUAGGCCUAUUAAUGCUCUACUUUUCUUUCCUGUUUGUCAUUUCUGUUCACAGUUGUGAUGUAUGGGAACAGCAAGGAGUUGCCUUUUGUGUGCAUCCCUCACCAGUUUCUUUUGACACUGACAGAACAGUAUGCAAUAUAAUUACUUAAACCCACGUAAUUGUCUCCAUCAUGAAACAAUCUGUGUGCGAGAUUAUUUAAUUAGCAGAAUGUUAUUCCAAUAAGAACCUAAAUCAGACUAGAGUGGAUAAUAGUGAGGGUGUGCUAUAAAAAAAGAGUAGCAACUAUCACCUGUGUAUCUGUAGCUAAUCAAGUUUUGAAGAGCAGCAUCUAAACCUGGUAAUUAUGAGUGAUUUGCUCAUGCCUUUGGCAGCUCAUCAUUGUAAUGUUCUCAGGCUGGUGAUUAAUGCGAUCUCUCAAACUUAUCCUAAUGAGUCUUUAAUAAAGCUACCGUUAACUGUAACAAACAUCAAAGAGCUUCUAGGGGAAGGAGUAGGAUCUCCCUCUUGUUCAUACCACCUGAAAACCUCAGGUGUGGCAUUCAAGAUGAGGUUGGCUGCUCGAGUUCUCUCUCACGGGUGCUUGCCUUUGCACAGAUCCCUCAGAGCAUCACCUAUGAAGUGACAGUGGAUUGCUGCAGUGGCUCUGAAUGGUAAGCAAGCUCCCCAGGCCACAGAGAUGACAAAUCUGCUCAGGUUUGCCUGUUGAGGGAAGUAUGUGUUUGUAUGCGAUGCUCACAAAAAAAUAACAUUUAUGAGAA